UUAUUUGAUUUUACUGAAAUAAAAGCGAAAUGAUUGUUAGCGAGGUGUCCCUUCAAGCGCUCCGUGUCGUUCCGGUCCGUCACUGCGGUGUCCGAGGACACGUGAAGGCACCGCAGGCUUUGACAGCGCAGAGCCAACAUGGCGGCUGGUCGCUGAAGCAGCCGGACUCCUCCUCCGCCUGUUGUUGUCUCUGGGAGCCGUCAGGUGAAGCACCAAAAGCGGCCAGGAUCGUCAGGGACGCUCGGGGAGCGGAUGCCCGCCCUUUCUGCCUCCUGUCGCGGUUCUUUUCCAGCUGGUGUUCGGUAUGUUCGGAGCGGACUGACACGACAGCAGCAGCGGCUGAAGGUGGAGCGUCUCCCCGGGUUUCCUCACCUGUCUCCCGGUAUGACUCAGAGCAGCUAGGCUCCUCCCCCUAUGAACUGAUGAUGUCAUCGCCUCCGUCGCAGCCCAUUGGCUCCGCUCCCUCAGCUCUGGACUCGCUGUCCGUCUCCUCGCUGCUGUCCGGGGAUCUGGACGAUGAUGACGGUGAGGAGGAAGGCCUGGGCGACCUGGAGGUCAACCCGUACGACGGCCUGCCCUUCUCCUCGCGUUACUACGCCCUGCUGGAGGAGCGGCGGCGGCUGCCGGUGUGGCGGCUGCGUCAGAGCUUCCUGGAGCAUCUGGAGAGCCACAGCAUGGUGCUGCUGAGCGUGCCCAGUGGAGCCGGGAAGAGCACACAGGUGGCCCAGUGGUGCGUGGAGUUCUCCCUGUCCUUUGAGUUUUCCCACGGCCUGGUCUGCUGCUCCCAGCCGCACCCUGAGGCGGCGCUGAGCCUGGCGCUGCGCGUGGCCGACGAGAUGGACCUGAGUCUGGGCCUGGAGGUCGGAUACCGAGUGUCGCAUGACGACAGCUGCACACCUGACACCCUGCUCAGGUUCAUCAGCGACACGUUACUGCUGGAGGAAAUGAUGUCGGACCCGUUGCUGCGGCAGUACCACCUGGUGGUUCUGGACGAGCUGCAGGAGCGAACCGUUCCCACCGACGUGCUGCUGGGCCUGCUGUGUGACGUCUGCCGCCAGCGACCCGACGGCUUCAGGGUCGUCCUCCUCGCCCACCCGACGCUGGCGCCGCGCCUGGCCGCCUUCCUGGGCCCCGCCGUCCCACACCUGGCCCUGGACGGCCCCGAACGGCCCCCGCACCACCAGGUGGAGGUGAUGUACCGGGAGCUUUCCUCUGGGAAGGAGCCGGUGUCUGCAGCCUGCCACAUGGUGCUGGACCUGCACCGCAGAGGAGAGGAGGGAGACAUGAUGGUGUUCCUGGCCGACGCCCAGGAGGUGGAGGAGUGUCUAGUUCUGCUGCAGAAGGAGUCUGUGGCUCUGAGUCCUCAGCUCGGAUCGCUCCGGUUCCUCCCGCUCCACUCCGGACUGGCCGGCCUGGCCCAGCGGGUCUACGAGUCCGGUCCUGGCGCCGAGCCAAAGGACGGCGACCCGUCCGAGGGCGAUGCCGGCGGCGGCGUCAGGAGGAAGGUGAUCCUCUGCGACACGCUGGGAGAGGCGUCGUUCUCCCUGCAGGGGGUCCGCUACGUGGUGGACACGGGUCUGCAGCUGAAGACGGUUUACAACCCUCAGAUCCGGGCCAACUCCCAGGUCCUAAGGAGCAUCAGCCGGCACCAGGCGGACAUGAGGACCCAGCGGGUCAACAGCCAGCUGUCCGGGCUGUGUCUGCGGCUGUACUCCCAGGCCCAGUAUGAGUCCGGCAUGGCGGAGGCCCGCGGGCCCAGAGUCACCGAGGAGAACCUGAGCCACCUGGUUCUGCUGCUGAAGAGGCUCGACAUCGCAGACAUGGGCCAGUGCAAGUUCCUGGACCGGCCAGCUCCUGAGGCCCUCAUGCAGGCCCUGGAGGACCUGGACUACCUGGCCGCUCUGGACGACGACGGGAAUCUGUCAGAGGUCGGGAUCAUCAUGUCGGAGCUGCCGCUGGAGCCGCCGCUAGCUAAAGCGCUAAUCGCCGCCUGCGAGUACGACUGCGUGGAGGAGCUGCUCACCAUCGCCGCCCUGCUGACAGCUCCUUCCUGCUUCCUGUCCCCGGACCCCAGCAGACAGGAAGCUGCCGUGUCCGCCUGGCGCCCCCUGCUGCACCCGGAGGGCGAUCACCUGACCCUCAUCAACGUCUACAACGCCUUCCUGGAACACAACGAGGACGAGGCGUGGUGCGGCGCCACCUUCCUGAGCCACGCGGCGCUGCGGCUCGCCGGGGUCAUCAGGGCGGAGCUUCUGGAGGUCAUGCAGAGGAUAGAGCUUCCUGUUUCCCCGCCUGCCUUUGGUUGCCAGGACAACUGCACCAAUAUCAAACGCGCCUUGAUCUCAGGCUUCUUCCUCAAAGUGGCUCACGAUGUGGACGGGUCCGGUAACUACCUCCUGCUGACCCAUCGCCACGUCGCUCACCUCCACCCGUUCUCCUCCUACCGCUGCCGGCAGCCGCCUCCCAGUUCACCUCCCAGUUCACCUCCCAGUCCGCCCAGCUGGGUCCUCUACCACGAGUUCACCGUCUCCAGGGACAACUGCAUCCGCAUCGCCUCCGAGGUUCAUCCCCAGAUGCUGGUGGAGUUGGCGCCUCAGUACUUUCUGGGAAACCUGCCGGCGAGCGACGGGAAGGAGCUGCUGAUGGAGCUGCGGCGGAGCGUAGCGCCCCCUGCAGGCCAGCCGGACUCAGGAGACAGGACUCAGAAAGACAAAACGGCCGAGACUCUCAACCAGUCCAGCACAGAGCUGUGCGUCGUCCAAUGAGACGCAGGGGGCGGGGCUUUUCAGACGGCUGGUUCUGGUUCUGUAAUCAGGUUUAAUCUGGACUUUAAUCUGGACUUCUGCUGGAAUAAAAAUUAAUCCAGGAGUUUGACUCGUAUGCAGCUGCUGAAGAACAUUCACACUAAUUAUUUUCUAUUUCCUGUUUUAAUUUAAGAUUUUAAACUUAUUUAAUGAGUGGUUUCGGUGUUUCUGUUGCGUUUUUUUAAUUAAAAACAGGAAGUGAAGUUUUUUGUCAGUUCAUCCAGAACCUGAAUCGGGUCACUGCGGUUCUGCUUCCCCGUCAGAUUUCCUCUCUAUGCAGACGACUCUGAGGUUUACUGAGAUCAUCACGUUUUUCAGACCCAGUUUGGGAUUCUGGCUUCCCAACACGGCGUUUCCUGUCUCUGUUGUUUUUAUUAGCAAUAUAAAUAAAAAGAUCAUGUUUGAAAUCUGAA